AUGACACAAACUAUUAGUUUUGGUUCAUGCGUAGCAGAUUAUUGGUUUGUCUGGAUGAUUGAUGGCGCUAGCCUUGUAUUUACACUUGCCAUAAAUUUGGCUAUAUCAUAUUUCUUUUUGAAAUACUUUCAAUUUCUUGCACAUGGAGGUCCAUCACCACCCAAAGCAGCUUCGCAAUUUGGAAAUUAUGAUGCUGCACAAGCAGCUCCUUCGAUGCCAGUUGGUGCUUGGGGUAAUGCAGCUGCAACGGGAACUGUAUUUAAUGCUGUAUGA